AUGGCCUGCUGCAUCGCUGCCUACUCCACCACCUGCACCAUGGCCUGCUGCACCGCUGCCUGCUCCACCACCUACACCGUGGCCUGCUGCACCGCUGCCUUCUCCACCACCUGCACUGUGACCUGCUAUACCGCUGCCUACUCCACCACCUGCACCGUGGCGUGCUGUACCUCUGCCUACUCCACCACCAGCACCAUGGCCUGCUGCACCACUGCCUACUCCACCAACUGCACCGCUGCCUACUCCACCACCUGCACCGUGACCUGCUGCACUGCUGCCUAUUCCACCACCUACAUCGUGGCCUGUUACACCUCUGCCUACUCCACCACCUGCACCGUGACCUGCUGCACUGUUGCCUACUCCACCACCUGCACCGUGGCCUGCUGCACUGCUGCCUACUCCACCACCUACACCGUGGCCUGA